AUGGGGGACCCAGGAUAUAUUGCCAUUGAAGACUAUGGACUGAUCGGAGACAUGCAUACCUGUGCUUUGGUGAGCAAGGCUGGUAGCUUGGACUAUAUGUGCUGGCCAGUCUUCGACUCGCCUUCGGUCUUUUGUCGUCUACUGGACUCCAAGAAAGGCGGUUUCUUCGCCGUUGGGCCCCAAGACUGUGUGUACGAUCCUCACAGCAAGCAACGAUACUUGCCAUAUUCGAACCUCCUGGAAACCCGAUGGACCAACCAAGAUGGUGUCGUGACGAUGCUGGACUACUUCCCAGUGAGCCCCAAGAAGGGUGGUCAUCCGAGUCGCGUGCUAUCGGGCUAUUGUCCAUGCACCGAGCCCGAAGCAAACCGCUUCAAGUCAGGCCUGCAGCACUCGGGCUUGAUCAGAAAGCUGGAGUGUGGCCGUGGCAAAAUGGAGCUCAAGGUGGAGAUGUUUCCGGCAUUCAAUUACGCCCGAGACUCGCACAUAGCUCGCGCGAAACUAGAGGACGACAUGGGUAAAAACCAGCUUCAGACGGCUCAUUUUGAGAGCGAUUCAGAGCGUCUACAACUUGAAAUCUUCGCUGAUUCGAAAGAGCCCGAUAAGCUUGGAUACCCCAAGGCGAAGUUCAGCAUGGAGGACCGGCCAAAUUUGAAGGGUCGCGGACUAGUGGCUUUGAUCACCUUGUCGGAGGGACAGACGGUACACUUGGUACUGCACAGUCCCGAAAAAGCGGUUCCCAGCUCGGCAAUGAUGAACGCGUACCUAGCAAAAAUGGAGGAAGAAACCUUUGACUAUUGGACGGACUGGACUCGCAAAUGCGUCUUCCGUGGUCACUACCGAGAGACAGUCGAGCGUAGUCUUCUGAUUUUGAAGCUACUCACCUACAAGCCCACAGGUGCCAUCGUUGCAGCACCUACGUUUGCCCUCCCCGAGGAAGUGGGCGGUUCCCGUAACUGGGACUACCGAUUUUCCUGGGUGCGCGACACGGCUUUCACCCUGUACGUCUUCCUGAAAAUGGGCUACAGCUGCGAGGCGGAGGCUUACGUCAAUUUUAUCUUCGAACGGAUCCUCCCGCACGCUCUCCAGGAAGCCGACGCAGGAAGUACGCGACCUUUCCUGCCGCUCAUGUUCACCAUCCGCGGCGGUUGUGACAUCCCCGAAGUGGAAUUGGAGCAUCUUGAUGGAUACAGAGGAAGCAAGCCCGUGCGCAUUGGGAACGCAGCGGUCUUCCAUACCCAAUUGGAUAUCUAUGGCGAACUCCUGGACAGCAUCUACUUAUACAACAAGUAUGGCAAUCCUAUUACCUACGACCAGUGGUCUGCAAUUCGGCGCAUGGUGAACUACUGCGUAAGCGCGCGGCACCAGAAAGACAUGUCCAUUUGGGAGUCUCGUGGCCAGAUCCAGAACUUCAUUUACUCCAAGGUUAUGUUGUGGGUAGCUCUGGACCGUGGUGUCCGCCUAGCAGAGAAACGCUCCAGUCUCCCCUGCCCCGAUCGCUUCCAGUGGAUCAACAUCCGCGACGAACUAUACGACGAGAUCAUGGAGAAAGGAUAUAAUGCAGACCGGGGCCAUUUCUGCCAGAGCUAUGAAAGCCGAGAAGUGCUGGAUGCAUCCAUCUUGAUUGCGCCGCUGGUGUUCUUUGUUGCGCCGAACGACCCACGUUUCAUCAGCACUCUGAAGCAGAUUCUCAAAUCUCCAGAGAAGGAGGGUCUGUCCAGUGCCAAGAUGGUCUUCCGUUACGACCAUGUGAAAGCGAAUGAUGGAAUGACCGGAGGCGAGGGUGCCUUUAUCAUGGUAACCUUCUGGCUAGUUGAAGCCAUGGCUCGAGCUGCCAGGUACGACGUACCGAUUCCCCAGCUUUGGAAACUCGCCCUAUCUCACUUCGACAACAUCCUGUCCUAUUCCAACCACCUGGGCAUGUUCUCUGAAGAAGUGGCCAUUUCUGGUGAGCAAAUGGGCAAUACUCCCCAAGCGUUCAGUCAUCUGGCGUGUAUCAGUGCUGCUAUGAAUCUAGAUAAGUUUGGCACAGAGUGA